GCGGCCUCAGUGGCGGAGCGCGGCAGCCGGUGCGCGGCCGGGGAGCUGUCGCUGCGGGGGCCGGGGCGCGCGGGCACCGCGCACGGAGCAGACGGACGGCGGCGGGGACCCCUUCCCCUACCGAGGCGCCUCCGCUUCCCUGGACUCCAGCCAGCCGCCCAGCCCCCCGUGCACCCCGGGCUCCCGAUGGCCCCCGAGGCCGGGGCGCCCUCGCGCGUCCCGCGCCUGCUGCCCUGGGCUGCGCUGCUGCUCCUUGCCGCGCUGCCCCCCGUCGCUGCCUCGGCGGGGGCCCCAGUUCAUCACCCACUGAAGCCAAGGCAUGUGAAACUGCUGUCCACUAAGAUGGGCCUGAAAGUCAUGUGGGACCCACCCAAAGAUGCUGCCAGUAGACCCGUGGAGCAUUACAACAUUGCCUAUGGGAAGUCACUGAAAAGUCUUAAGUACAUCAAGGUGAAUGCGGAGACAUCCUCCUUCCUUAUUGAGGAUGUGGAGCCGGGGGUAGUAUACUUUGUGCUGGUUACUGCAGAAAACCCCAGUGGAGUGAGCCGUCCUGUUUACAGAGCUGAGAGCGCGCCUGGAGGUGAAUGGAUCAAGAUUGAUGCUUUUCCCAUUAAGGGUCCAGGACCACUUAAUGAAACCGUCACAGAGAAGGAAGUGCCCAACAAGCCGUUGCGUGUGCGUGUCCGGUCGUCAGAUGACAAGCUGUCUGUGGCAUGGAAGGCGCCACGCCUGUCUGGAGCCAAAAGUCCACGCAGAUCACGUGGCUUUCUUCUGGGCUAUGGGGAGAGUGGCCGAAAGAUGAACUAUGUGCCCCUGACGAGAGAUGAGCGGAGUCAUGAAAUCAAAAAGCUCGCCUCAGAGUCAGUGUACGUGGUCUCUCUGCAGUCCAUGAACUCCCAGGGGCAGAGCCAGCCAGUCUACAGGGCUGCCCUCACCAAAAAGAAGAUCUCAGAAGAGGAUGAACUGGACGUCCCUAAAGACAUCAGUGUCCGAGUGAUGUCAUCCCAGUCUGUGCUUGUGGCCUGGGUGGAUCCUGCUUUGGAAAAACAGAAGAAGGCGUCAAGACAGUACACCGUGCGCUACCGGGAGAAGGGCGAGUCUGCCAGGUGGGACUACAAACAGGUCGCUAACCGGCGUGCCUUAGUGGAGAACCUGAUCCCAGACACCGUGUAUGAGUUUGCAGUCCGGAUCUCCCAGGGGGAGAGAGACGGCAGGUGGAGCACGUCUGUCUUCCAGAGAACACCGGAAUCUGCUCCUACCACAGCUCCUGAAAACUUACACGUCUGGCCAGUGAGUGGCAAGCCGACCGUGGUCACCGCCUCCUGGGAUGCGCUGCCCGAGACGGAAGGGAAAGUGAAAGAAUACAUCCUUUCCUAUGCCCCGGCUCUCAAGCCCUUCGGAGCCAAGUCCCUCACCUAUCCCGGGCACACCACUUCUGCGCUGGUGGAUGGCCUGCAGCCUGGGGAACGCUACCUGUUCAAAGUCCGGGCAGCCAACAGAAGAGGCCCCGGGCCUUACUCCAAAGCUUUCGUUGUGGCCAUGCCAACAGCCGGUGUCCGUGAGAAGGAUGCGCUACAGAGCACAGCUGAAAACUGGAAGCCCGAAAGCCCCCAGCCUCCCUCCUCUCCGCCCCAGUCCCCAGCCUCCUCAGGGCACAGCAAUGCCAAGGACCUGCUUCUGGACUUGAAGAACAAAAUACUGGCUAAUGGGGGGCUGCCCAGAAAGCCCCUACUCCGCCCCAAAAAGAUCCAAGAGCUGGACCCUCAGUCGACAGAAGUCACCCAGGAGGAGGAGCUGGAUUCACUGGAGAACCCCAGGGUAUCACAAGACCAGAGGCAACCUUUGAGGCCAGCAAUUAGACCAGGCCCCUCAGUCCUGGCUCCUGGCAGGACUCCAGCUAGGGCCAGAGUGCCGCAGCCACCCCGACAGGACACCGUUGACAGGCGGGGCCCGGCACUGGCCGCCCACCCUGGCCGGGGUGCCCCUCAGCGCCCUACAGCAGGGCCCAGAGCCAACUCUGCCAACAAUGACGCAGUGGACUCAGAUGAGGAUGAGGACCCCAAAGUCAUCUCUCAGCAGCUGCCUCCCAAGAGCCAGGCCCCAGCCCCCGGAGGCCAAUCCACUGCCAACAUACCCCACCAGGGUAUGAAACCGGCUUUGCCAGCACGCAGGGUGCCCCACCCAGUGGCUGUGGAGGAAGAGAUCAGGCCUGCCUCAAGACCUGCCCUACCUCAUAGGGGUGUGUCCCUGGCUGGCCACUCUCAGGGGCCACUGCAAUCCACUGCACCUUCCCCAGUCUCUACACCUUUCCCCUCCAGGAUCCAGCUAUCUAGGGGUGGGGGCACUCCUAGUGAUGACAACAGCAGGAGGCAGGACCCCACCCUGCGGACCCGGCCAGCCUCUGGACACGUCACUUUGCUCCGAAACAGGCCCUUUACUGCCCACGGCAGGUUUCCCAACCGACUAAGCAAUGGCCGAGGACUGCGGCUGCAGCCCUCCCGUGCCCCUCCCCAAGCCACCACUGCCUCCAUAGUGUACCCCAGGGUUCAGCCACAGCUAGCCUCGGCUGGCUCAGAUGGGGAGGACGAGAGACCACUCCCUGCCACUGUGGUCCAUGGCCAUGGGUCUUCCUCCUCCAGGCAGCCAGCCUCUCGGGGCUGGGACCCCCUAAGGAGAGGCCCCCAGAGAGGGACCAGCCCUUACCACAAAGAGGCCAUUCCAGAAAAUCCCAAAUCAGCUGGGGCAGUGGUGCAUUCUAGGGAGAAGUCUGCCGUCCUGACCCAUAAGACACAGGAGGCUCAGCAAAGCACAGGUACAGAGGAGGAGGCCAGUUCUCCCAAGGCACGGCCCGGGUCGGCCAGCCACCCACUGCCUCCUGCCCGGCCACAGCCUGACCACGAGGACAACAGCGCCCAGGCUGGUCAGCCCGACGACGGAGUCCAGCAUGCACAUGCGGGCUCCUUCCCGAGGCCUGGGGGCCGGCAGGUCCCUAGCAGGUCAGGGGUCCAGGCUACUCCAGGGAAGAAGGAGGCACCUUCCAAGAGGCCCCUACCGUCCAAGUCUCAGCAGUCAGUGUCAGCGGAGGAGGAAGAGGAGGAAGAGGAAGGGGAGGAUGUGGAGUACCUAAAAGGGGGAAAGGAAGGCCCCCUGCCUCCCUCCAUUUCUAAGUGGCCCUCUGCUCCUGGCACCAGGGCCGGCAAGUAUGCCAAGGACAAGACUCUGCCUGCAGGCACCCCCAGAACGCCCCAGCCCUCCCACAGCCCUGCGACCAGCGCCCCGUCCUGGCCGAGGCAGCCCACACAUGCACCACCAGGCUUCUCGUCCACCACACCCAUGCUCUCUCUGCGCCAGCGGAUGCAGCGCAGGUUCCGCACACCGCUCUCCCGCCAGCCGCCCAGAACCCCGCAUGCACAAGGUUACAAUGGCAGACCAAAUGUGGAUGUGAAAGAACUGCCUGGUAGUAAUGGAAAACCCAACGGACAGAGAAUUAUCAAUGGCCCUCAAGGAACAAAGUGGGUUGUGGACCUUGACCGUGGGUUAGUGUUGAAUGCAGAAGGAAGACACCUCCAAGAUUCCCAAGGGAAUCCCCUGCGGGUCAAACUGGGAGGAGAUGGUCGAACCAUUGUGGAUCUUGGUGGGACGCCCGUGGUGAGCCCCGACGGCCUUCCCCUGUUUGGGCAGGGACGACACGGCAAGCCGCUGGCCAGCGCCCAGGAGAAGCCCAUUUUGAGUCUUGGAGGGAAACCUCUAGUGGGCUUGGAGGUCAUCAGAACGACCACCCUUCCCCCCACCACAAUGCUGCCCCCCACCACAACUACCACCCCUCUGCCCACCACCAUCCCGCAGCCAAUGACCACCACCACCCGCCGCCCGUCCAGCACCACCACCACCACCCGCCGCCCGACCACCACCACCACCACCACCCGCCGCCCGACCACCACCACCACCACCCGCCGCCCAACCACCACCAGGCGCCCAAAGACUACCACCAGGCGUCUGAAGACCACCACUACACACCCGAUGACCAGGAUCCGAACCACGAGAUGGACCACUACCACCACCACCACCACCACCACCCCUGAACCUACCACCUCAGCCCCUACCUGUCCCCCUGGCACCCUGGAACAGCACGAUGAUGAAGGCAACUUGAUAAUGGCUUCAAAUGGGAUCCCGGAAUGCUACCCUGAGGAAGAUGACUUCUCGGGCUUGGACGCUGACACGGCUGUUCCCACAGAAGAAGACUACGUGGUAUACGAUGAAGAUUACCAGGUGGAGACCUCAAGGUCACCAGCCCCCACGAAACCCACGACCACAGCUGCCACCCCGAAAGUCGUCCCAGAGCAUGGCACCAUCCUAUCAUUUCCUGAAGAGGAGUUCGAUCUGGCUGGAAAGAAGCGAUUUGUUGCUCCUUAUGUGACGUACCUAAGUAAAGACUCAGCAGCUCCAUGCUCUCUGACGGAUGCUCUGGAUCACUUCCAAGUGGAAAGCCUGGAUGAAAUCAUCCCAAAUGACCUGAGGAAGAAUGACCUGCCUCCUCAACAUGUCCCCAGAAACAUCACUGUGGUUGCCAUGGAAGGCUGUCACUCAUUUGUGAUUGUGGACUGGGACAAAGCCAGCCCUGGAGACGUGGUAACAGGGUAUUUGGUGUACAGUGCAUCCUAUGAGGACUUCAUCAGAAACAAAUGGUCCACACAAGCCUCUUCUGUGACUCAUUUGCCCAUUGAAAACCUGAAGCCAAACACAAGGUAUUAUUUCAAAGUUCAAGCCAAAAAUCCACAAGGCUAUGGGCCCAUCAGCCCGUCGGUCUCAUUUGUCACAGAAUCAGAUAACCCUCUGCUCGUCGUGAGGCCCCCAGGUGGUGAGCCCAUCUGGAUACCAUUUGCUUUCAAGCAUGACCCCGGCUACACAGACUGCCACGGGAGACAAUAUGUGAAGCGGACGUGGUACAAAAAGUUUGUGGGAGUUGUUCUUUGUAAUUCACUGAGGUAUAAGAUUUACCUUAGUGACAACCUGAAAGACACAUUCUACAGCAUUGGAGACAGCUGGGGAAGAGGGGAAGACCACUGCCAGUUCGUGGAUUCACACCUUGAUGGGAGAACGGGGCCUCAGUCCUACGUGGAAGCCCUCCCCACCAUUCAAGGCUACUACCGCCAGUAUCGCCAGGAGCCAGUCAACUUCGGCCAGAUUGGUUUCGGAACCCCCUACUACUAUGUGGGCUGGUAUGAAUGUGGGGUUGCCAUCCCAGGAAAGUGGUAAUCCCUGGAGCCAUGGUCCUGCAAGUUCAACCGUCCAGCCCUGGCCUGCCAGCUGACUCAUCCCAGGCACUGUGAGCAAGAGAAAGACAGUCACACACCCCGCCACCCCCCUCCUCCUGGCUGGUGGGGAGGCCAUGGGAUGAACACUGGAUGAUUUCAUCAUCUUCAGUCUGGAACUCAGUCAGUCCCACUUACUGACCUUGACUGUGAGCAGGACUUGGCCUUGCCGUUCACGACGCGUGUCAUGGCUUUUGUUUGUCGUGAUACAUCCAGAGUCAUCACCAAGUAACCACUUUCCAUGACUCACAGACUAAAUCAAGGUCACAGAGUGUGGGCACUCGGACACCUCCAGGGAACAGCAGAGCUGUGCCCUGUGCUUUCUAUGUUGCUUGUUCUGGACACUCCCAAGCCAGCCCAUUUUAAGCUUCAGAUCUCUUUGUAUGCAGCCGAACCAAGUUACUAAGAACACGCCCAAAGAACCACAGCCUACCUGAAGUUUAUUCUGUGGACUUGCCCACUGCUAGAGAAUAUGUAUCGUGUUUGUCAGUUCUCAAAUGUGGUCUAUAUGUAUAUAUGCAUAUACAUAGGCACACUGAUCUGCAAGACUAUUGAUUAAAAUGGCUAUAUUUGUACUUUGUUCAC